GCACCGCCUCUGUGUCUACGUACACACAGUACGUAUGUACGUACCUCCUCGGCCUCUGAUCUGGCCGGACGGUUGGACUUCCUCCCAACUUAACUAGAUCAUAGAUAGUAAAAGGAAAUCUAUGACUGGAUAGAUAGUCAUCAUAGCAAGCUUAUAAUGGAAAUACUGGGAACAAGGCUAAAGCUGAAGGUGGUGCUAUUAAUGGUUUGGCUUGGUAUUGUUGUAGUACUUAGCCUAUUAACGUACCACGGGGUACGGGUCACGCCACAGUGGCCGGGCAUGAUUAAGCAAUUUCAUAUUAGAACUAAUUCUACUACUACGGUGGCAACUGAUGAUAUUGAAAUUGCACCGACUCGAUUUGUCUAUCUAACGCAAACAGAAAGCUGUAUUCCAACUUAUCUAAAGUCUCCCAAAGUGAUUGGAGACUCUGAAGCAUGCCAGUGUGAUAUCAUCAUCCUCAGUUUCAAAAAAGAGUGUAAUGACACAUCGACAUCAUUUCCUCAUGUCCAAUACAUAUUCAACUCGGGUAAGUCUACAACCUGGACUGUUGGAAGAAACUUGCUUUACCAAGCAGCCAAGGAAAGGAAAGAAAAGUACAUGUACUACAUUUUCAUGGACGACGAUCUUCAACUGAUAAUGGCAGAUAAAAAAAAUACACAGAAUCCAUGGAGAAUGUACGAGGAGUCUCUCAAGACCUUCCAACUCGCUGUAGUCACGUUACUUAUUACGUACGAACAAAGGGGUUUCUCUCGUAAAACUUUUCCCGAGCGAUUGAAUUGUGAACUCACAGGAUACAUACAAGUAUACGACAUGGAUGCAAUCUUUAACGCCUUUCACUAUCAAGCGAUAGACUACAUUCUUCCAUACACAACAAGUUUUGAUUCAGUGGGCUGGUGGCACUCACAAGUAUAUCUUAUGAUCAAGUGUAAUAUCCUAUUUAAUGAUGAAGUGGUUAUCGACCCUCGUAUUAAAGUAAUAAACUCAAGGCACCGCGACUACCCACGGAAAGAGUUUUUCGAUGACGUCAAUCAAAUUGUUACUGACAUUCGAUCAGAAACACCAGAAAAGUAUCGAAAAUCAGUUGAACCAAUUUUGCAGCAAUGGUUAGCAAAUUUUCAUGCUAAGAAAUUGUUAGGGCGACAAACUUGCAAACGUGAUCUGUUUGUACAUCCAUAUAGACCAUACGAGAAUCUGGCUUAAAAAGAACUAUCCGCAGGACGUCUGAUACAUGAGAUCUACAUUAUUAUAGUUUUUUGCUUUGAGUUCCAUUCAAUGGCUACUUUAUAAUUAUGUCUUCAUGAUAAGUUAAUUUCCUGUUUUUCA